AUGUUACCUGCUGUGCUCGCGUGUUGUGCUUUGUGUCUGCUCGGCUCGCAACCCUCUCGUGCCACGUUCUUCUCAGGAGCAGUGUGGCAGCCGUGGGUAAGGUGGUUAGUCAGAGGUAACCCCCUGUGUGGUCCACGUCCUUGCUGCCCUUCUACAGACUGUCGUCUACUGGCCUCCGUGGUCCUAGGCUACUGCUGUGGCUGUGCCCUACCCAUUGAUCGUCUCCCCCUGGUUUGCCCGAGGGACGUGUCGUGUCCUCCCGACAUCGACCUGCUCUGUCGUGACUACAACUUUCUGAUGGAGUGUUGCUGUUGAUGAUUUACUAGAUUUUUCAUUCAAACUACAUUGUUUUCUGAACAUCAUCCAUCAGUUAUUUACGACUAAAAACUAUUUUUACCAUUAUAUAGCCUACAUUCUUCUUGUUAAGACAUUAAUAAAAACCUACUAAGUCGUUGAUUUUAUUUUUAUCUGUGUUAUUUGUUUAGAAAUAUUUCGUUUCUUU